UUGAACUCGAGAGGGGAAAACAUUUCUAGUGGAAUAUUAUAAAUGCGCAUUUCUUCUUGUGUGAUUCACUCUGCCAAAUAUAGCAAGCUGUUCGAUAAAGACGCAAGGAAGUGGGUUCUUCCGAAGCAGGGUGAUAAUGAUCUGUGCGUGAACGCCACUGGGAUGUUUGUAAGAAAGUUCUGCACAGGUCGGCGAUGCGGCGAGUGUUUCAGUCCUGCUCUUGUUCCGAGCUCCUUGACAGAACCGCCUUGUUACUUUCCAGUUCCUCGGGAGUUUAACAAAGGUGUUCAGACUUGUUCCGGACCGGGUGUUCUGCUCGACAGCCGUAAAACCAAGAGGUUUACUGAAAUCUUAAGCUUGUACGGAGAGCAUCGGAGACACAGAGGAGGCUUCGACUCGCUUGUUUUGGAAACCGGUUUUCAAGUUUGCGGACUGACGCUUUACAGACACUCUCAUGGGCUCCCUGGUGCUGUGAGCGUCACAAUGUUAGCUGUCCAGAACAUGUCCCAGCUGCUCCCUCCUUUGAACUCAAACGGGACAGAAUGCCAGGGGAACGGGACACAGGAUGAAGGUGGAGCAGCGCCAGACUCCAGACAACUCACCACCCAUUCCUCUUCUGUCUCUGCCAUCAUCCCCGGCAUGUCUAUGACACUGGGCGCCAUCUCCAACAUCAUCGCCUUGGUCAUCCUGGCUAAAUCCUACGCCCGCUUCCGCCGGCGCUCCAAAGCCACCUUCCUUUUAUUUGCCAGUUGCUUGGUGGUGACGGACUUUGCAGGACAUGUGAUACCAGGGGCAUUUGUUCUCCGGUUGUACGCCGUACACAAAAAGUGGCACGCUAUUGACACCACGGGAGCCUUGUGUCAGCUCUUUGGAGCAAGCAUGGUCUUUUUCGGGUUGUGUCCACUCUUUCUUGGCUGUGUUAUGGCUAUUGAGCGCUGUGUGGGAGUCACCCGCCCGCUCCUGCACGCGUCUCUGGUCACUUCGACUCGGACUAAGCUGACACUCGCAGGGAUCUGGCUCUUUGCUCUGUGCAUCUCCCUGCUGCCCAGCUUGAAUGUGGGCCACUACUCCAUACAGUUCCCCGAUACCUGGUGCUUUAUCAGGGUGCACGGCCCCAGCCAGAGCUCAGACCUGGCCUUCGGGCUCCUCUUCUCCCUGCUCGGCCUGGCCUCCCUGGGAGUGUCCCUGGUCUGCAACACCAUCAGCGGGCUCAGCCUGGUCCGCGCACGCUGCCGCAAGCGCACCUGCAACCGGAGAGCCAAGUCCCACGACAUUGAGAUGGUGGUGCAGCUGCUUGGGAUCAUGGUGGUAUCCUGCAUCUGCUGGAGCCCCAUUCUGGUCUUCGUGGCUCUGUCAGUCAGCCAGUCACUCGGCAGCUCACAGUACGACGUGCGGCACUAUGAGUGGCUCAUGUUCCUGGGGGUGCGGCUGGCUUCCUGGAACCAGAUCCUGGACCCCUGGGUCUAUAUCCUGCUGCGGAGAGCAGUCCUGAGGAAGAUCUACCAGAUUGUGGUGAGGCAGGGAGACCUCAAGGGCAGUAAGCUGGGACAAUGGGAGGCCAGCUCCUUCCAGAGUUGCGAAGGGACAGUCAUGAAGCGGGUCUGACCCACCUGCACACACCCCUCUUCAGCUGUGCUUCAUGAACCCUCCCUGGGAGAGGCAGCAAUGGGGUCUGACCCACCCUCACACACCCCUCUUCAGCUGUGCUUCAUGAACCCUCCCUGGGAGAGGCAGCAAUGGGGUCUGACCCACCCUCACACACCCCUCUUCAGCUGUGCUUCAUGACCCCUCCCUGGGAGAGGCAGCAAUGGGGUCUGACACACCCUCACACACCCCUCUUCAGCUGUGCUUCAUGAACCCUCCCUGGGAGAGGCAGCAAUGGGGUCUGACACACCCUCACACACCCCUCUUCAGCUGUGCUUCAUGAACCCUCCCUGAGAGAGGCAGCAAUGGGGUCUGACCCACCUGCACACACCCCUCUUCAGCUGUGCUUCAUGAACCCUCCCUGGGAGAGGCAGCAAUGGGGUCUGACCCACCUGCACACACCCCUCUUCAGCUGUGCUUCAUGACCCCUCCCUGGGAGAGGCAGCAAUGGGGUCUGACCCACCUGCACACACCCCUCUUCAGCUGUGCUUCAUGACCCCUCCCUGGGAGAGGCAGCAAUGGGGUCUGACCCACCUGCACACACCCCUCUUCAGCUGUGCUUCAUGAACCCUCCCUGGGAGAGGCAGCAACGGGGGUCUUCUGCACCUCCGUUAGCUCAAGCAAGGGCCAUGGAUUUCGCUCUUUCCACAUUGUAUAUGGAGUACAUGAAAUGUGUCUCAAAUGUUUCUGGUGGAGGCUUGUUAGCUUGGGAUAAGCAUUUGGAACCAGCGUAAUCAACAUCACAUUGAUCUAAUCCAAUAGGACAGCCGGCAAAGAAGGUUAUGAAACUACAGCCUGCUGUCGGCCAUGUUGGCUCAAACUGCUGUCUGGUUUGACACAACGCUGAUUCUUUGUUUGAGCCACAAUGGCAGCAGUUUGAAAACCACCCCCCUACUGUCAGGAAUCUGCUGGGAGAAGGUGAGACAUAAGAACAUAAGACCAGUUAGGAACGAGAGCAGGCCAUUUGGUCCAUCUUACUUGUUUGGUUCCUAGUAAGCAACUGAUUUCAGAACUGCAUCCAGACGGCUCUUGAAAGAUGCCAAGGAGAAACAGCUUUGGAAAACCAUUGCACAAAAUGUGGAGUUUGAAAUAGUGACUAGGGUUGAGUGCACAGAGUAGUGCUCUUCAGAAGAGGCACUGGAGUUCUGUGCAUCCUUUAACAUGAACAUUUGUGAAUGAGAGGAGGCCACUCAGCCCCUCAGUGCUGGUCCCAUUCCUAGUAGCUGAUUGUUCUCUGUAUUGCUGGAUAAACCUUACCAACAUACUCAGUGACAGAGGCACUUCAGAAAUCCAAUGGUAGCAAAAGGGCAGCUACAAGGAAGAGGCUGUCAUUGGUAGAAUGGUAGCACAUAGUUUGACAUUCAUUUGGUGUCACAAUGAACCAUUGCACACUGCCAGCUGGAGCUGUGACAGACAUCGCUUUCAUGUGCAAAUAUUCUUCAGUUUAAACAGUUAUUCCAAUAUUUUUGAAUAAGGUCGAAAAAUAACCCUGGUACUCUUAUUAAAUGACCUGUUAAAGCAAGGACAGAAACGCUGGUGUGUGUAGUGGAGUGUGUGUGAUUGAUUUCAGACAUCAAUGAUGUAUUUCCUGUGCAUGGUAUUUGUGCUAUAGUAAUAUAUAAACUCUGUGACAUGAGUGAAUAUGAACAUGGUUAUUUUUGGCACUAUACAUUUCUAGCAGUGCGAUAUCAUUUUGUAGUUUCUUUGAUUACAUGAUGUUAAAUAAAAGAUCUAAAUAAU